GUAAGCUACCAAAUCGGGAGAUCGAUAUUUUUCGUUACUUGUGCCGAGUUGUCGCGUUAGCAGGUCGAACGAUGCAUUCAAGACUCUCAGUUAGCAGGAGCCUUGCAAGGCAAACGAGAUCACUGUGGUCGUCUCCUGCAAGAUGCGAGGACAAGCCCAUCAUGAACCGCUACAGCAGGACUGUCACGCAACCAAAAGACCAAGGUGCAAGCCAAGCCAUGCUGUACGCUACUGAAGGUAUCAAAGAUGACGAGGACUUUCAAAAGGCCAUGGUCGGUGUCGCUAGCGUAUGCAACCGACACUUGCUUGGCUUGGGGCAGGAAAUCAAGAGUUCCUUGGUCGAGUCUGGCCUCAUUGGCUACCAGUUUGGUACAGUUGGUGUUAGCGAUGGGAUCAGCAUGGGCACUGCGGGAAUGUCAUAUUCUCUGCAAUCGCGCGACCUCAUUGCCGAUCAAGUAGAGACAGCCGCUGGCGGGCACUGGUUGGAUGGAAUGGUUGUGGUACCGGGAUGUGACAAGAAUAUGCCAGGUGUCCUGAUGGCUCUUGGACGACUCAACCGUCCGGGUCUUAUGGGUCAACCUCAGUUGGAUCUUGUUUCCGCAUUCCAGGCUUAUGGACAAUACCUACAAGACGGAAAGACACCGGAAGCAGAAGCCCUCAGGUACGAGACAGUGCGACAUGCAUGCCCUGGCCCAGGCGCUUGUGGAGGCAUGUACACGGCGAACACCAUGGCCAGUGCAGCUGAGGCCCUUGGAAUGACUCUUCCUGGCUCUUCGUCGUAUCCAGCCGAAUCUCAAGAAAAACACGAUGAAUGUAAGACCGUUGGUGCCGCCAUGCGGAAUCUCAUCGAGAAAAACAUUCUGCCCUGCGACAUCAUGACACGUUCGGCAUUCGAGAACGCUAUGGUUCUUACCAUGAUCCUAGGAGGUUCGACUAAUGCCGUACUGCAUCUUAUUGCUAUGGCACAUGCCGUAGGCAUCAAGCUUACUAUUGAUGAUUUCGCACGAGUGUCUGACUCAACACCCUUCCUUGCCGACAUCAAACCAAGCGGCAAGUAUGUUAUGGAAGACAUCUACAAAAUCGGAGGCAUACCCAAGAUACUUCAUUUCUUGAUGAAAAAUAAUUUCAUUGACGGUAACAAUAUGACGGUCACUGGCGCUACUAUAGGCGAGAACCUGGAGCGUUGGGUACAUAAACACGGGGAACUCUCCGCUAGUCAGGACGUGAUCCGUCCCCUCGACAAGCCUAUUAAAGCUACUGGACACAUCAGAAUUCUACGUGGUAAUUUGGCUCCUGGAGGUGCUGUCGCCAAGAUUACCGGAAAGGAAGGUCUUGGGUUUACCGGAAAAGCUCGCACUUUCGACUCAGAGGAGGCCUUUGUCUCCGCCGUUGAGUCUGGCUCAAUCAAAAAGGGCGAAAAAACAGUCGUCGUCAUGCGCUACCUCGGCCCUAAGGGUGGCCCUGGUAUGCGUGAGAUGCUGAAACCCACUAGCUUGAUUAUGGGCGCUGGCCUAGGUCAGGACGUUGCGUGCCUCACAGAUGGACGAUUUAGCGGAGGAUCUCAUGGGUUCUGCAUAGGUCACGUCGUCCCUGAAGCCCAGGUCGGUGGACCUAUUGCGCUCGUGGAGGAUGGUGACACCAUUUCUGUCGAUGCUGUGGCAAACACCAUGGAACUGCACAUCUCCUCUGAGGAGAUGGAACGCCGUCGGAAAACCUGGGUUGCCCCACCGAUCAAGGUCACCCAAGGAACACUCUACAAGUAUGUCAAAAUGGUCGAAGACGCUAGCCAUGGGUGCAUCACGGAUGGUUAAGAUCGGCUAUAUUCUUUACCCAGUAUUCAAUGAAAAUAAAACAAAUCUACUGAAGA